UGAAGGGCUCAGCGCCUCAGGCGGACGAAGUGAGACCGGCUCGAACGUGUGAACUGUGCGAGGCAUCGGCAGCGGGGCGGUCAUGGCGGCCAGGCUCGUGCUACUGACGCUGGGCUCCUUGCUCUGCGCCCUCGGAGGCGCCUCAGCAGCAGGGCCCCAAAUCUCAACCUCUCCUGAAGUAACUGCUGGAUCCAACGUGAUUAUUUCAUGUAACAUAAGUGACCCACCAACAUCCAUCAAAGGCAAUUACUGGAUGAAAGGAGAGAAGACGCUUGAGUCCAAUAAGACCACUCUGGAUUUUACCUCAUACAUGAUCCCCAAAGUGGAUCACGAAACCUCAGGAGAGUACCACUGCGUCUUUAACACCACGCCCGUCUCAAGAGGAACGGUGUACGUGAAAGUUGCCCCCCACGUGACGGCCUACAAGAAGAUGGAACACGCCACCGAAGGGGACAUAGUAACGCUGACUUGCAAAUGCAAUUCUUACCCUCCUGUCAUCCAGUGGACCUGGUACAAGCUGGUAGACAAGGUGCCUCAGCCUGUCCUCAACGGCACCGAGGAAAGGUUCUACAUCAUAUCCAACGGUACCAGGACAGACCUUCAGAUCAUUUCUUUGGACCUGGAGAAGGACCCUGGGACUUACGUCUGCAACGGCACCAACGAAAUAGGCGAAGGGAGCGCUGAGGUGAACUUGAGGGUGCGGAGCCGGCUGGCUGCUUUGUGGCCCUUCUUGGGGAUUGUGGCAGAAGUGCUGGUCCUGGUCACAAUAAUCUUCAUCUACGAGAAGAGGAGAAAGCCCAAUGAGGUUCCUGAGGAUGACGAUGGAGGCUCUGCUCCCCUCAAAGGCAACACUGCAAAUAACAUGGACAAGAACGUGCGUCAGAGGAAUGCAAAUUAAGCCCACAGCAAGGUGACACGAGACCUAAGCAGAUGGCUUAGACGUUUCUUCUGACAUUUUCCUGCUGUAAAACCAAGAAUAUUUCCAGAACACCCUUGCAUCCUUUUUUUCUUUAAAAAAGGAAGACAAAAAGCAGUGAGAGAUCUUUUAGCCUUUUAAGUUUUCACCACACGUAAAGUUUUUUCGUCUGUUCUCACCGCUGAAUCUUGAGAGUUGGGGAAAGGGAAAUGGAAGAAACGGGGAAAUUAACAUUUCAAGAACAUGUGGCCGGUUAGUUUUAAGAUCCAUCAUCCCUCACUCAAGAACGUGCUGUUCUCUCUCUUUUUCUCUCUCUCUCUCUUUUUUUUUAGUAGCAGGCCCUAGGGGGAGUUAUUAAAUUAGUCCCGUUGAACGAUGCAGUAGCAUGAAGCAAUCCAGAGUUUUAAGUCACCCUCGGCUUUAGGAAGGGCAGUGCUUCAGCCCUGAAUAAGUUUGGCCAGUAGCAGAGUUUGCCUCUCCUCCUCUUCCUCAUUUGGUCUCCCUGGAGCAGAAACUCCCCAAUCUCGCGCGCCAUUUUCUCCAAACCCCAGAGCAGAAGAUACCACGAAACAAGGGCUGCUGCUGCUGCUGCUGCUUGUGUGUUGGUGUUUGGCGUCUCGAGCCUGGAAGAGACGGCCAAGCUUUGCCGCCUUUUGUCAUUCCUCUCUCCAGCCACGUGAGCCUUUGGGGCUCUCUGGAGACGCGUCCAGUGCACAAACAGUGUCGGUGCCAUAAUUGCUCAGAAGACAAGGACAGUGACUUUUCUCCUGCCUCCCCUCCCCGCCCACCCCCCAACCUCGGUGUCCUCAGAGCGUCCAGCCAGAAGGGAGGCAAGAAUCUGAAGCUCAUAUAUAUAUGUGUGUGUGUGUAGGGUCGUCUUUCCAGCUUAUCUGGUGGUGUCUCCUUUUAGUCCAGUGACAUUUUAGACGGCAAUUAAUUGCAAAGGCCAGAAGACAAGCCGGAAUGUAA